AUGAAUGUUAGAAGCAGUGCUGUAAACAUCACUGUUGCUACUGCUCCUAUAAAUGUUGGAGGCUUGAGAGCGUCAGAUCAAAAUGAGACCAGCAUCACUCUGCAGUGGAAUAAAAUCAACAACAGCACCAGCUUUAUUCUCCAGUUUAAUGGAUCAGAGACAUUCAUCACAGCACCAGAUGGAGAUGGACCAGUGAACUACAAAGUCUCUUUACUCACUGCUGGGACCAAAUAUACAUUCACUCUUUUCUCUGUGUUUGAGAACGUCAGAAGCAGUGGAAUACAACUUAUUGCUGUCACUGCUCCACAAAACGCACAAGGCUUCACAUCACUGAGACAGGAUGAGACCAGCAUCACUCUCCAGUGGGAAAUUGUCAAUAACAAUGUCAGCUUCAUCCUCCUACAUAAUGAAACACAGUUGACUAUAGCAGCACCUGCUGGACAACAACCAUUACUACUGACAGUUUCAUCUCUCACUGCUGGAACUAGAUACACAUUCACUCUCUUCUCUGUGUUUGAGAACAUCAGAAGCAGUGGAGUCAGCAUUGCUGCAGUGACUGCUCCUGAAAAUGUUGAGGGCUUCAGAGCAUCAGAACAAAAUGAGACCAGCAUCACUCUGCAGUGGAAUAAAGGCGACAACAACACCAGCUUUGUUCUCCAGUUUAACGGCACAGAGACAAACAUCAGUGCACCAGAUGGAGAUGGACCAGUGUACUACACGGUCUCAUCUCUGACUGCUGGAACCAAAUAUACAUUCAUACUCUACCGUGUGUUUAUGAAUGUUAGCAGUGCUGUAAACAUCACUGUUGCUACUGCUCCUAUAAAUGUUGGAGUCUUUAGAGCAUCAGAACAAAAUGAGACCAGCAUCACUCUGCAGUGGAAUAAAAUCAACAACAUCACCAGCUUUGUUCUCCUUUUUAAUGGAUCAGAGACAUUCAUCACAGCAUCAAAUGGAGAUGGACCAGUGAACUACAAAGUCUCUUUACUCACUGCUGGGACCAAAUAUACAUUCACUCUUUUCUCUGUGUUUGAAAACGUCAGAAGCAGUGGAAUACAAUUUGAAGCUGUGACUGCUCCUACAAACACAGAAAAUGUGAGAGCAUCACAUCAAAAUGAGAGCAGCAUCACUCUGCAGUGGAAUAAAAUCAACAACAGCACCAGCUUUGUUCUCCAGAACAUCAGAAGCAGUGGAGUCAGCAUUGCUGCAGUGACUGCUCCUGAAAAUGCAGAGGGCUUCAGAGCAUCAGAACAAAAUGAGACCAGCAUCACUCUGCAGUGGAAUAAAGGCGACAACAACACCAGCUUUGUUCUCCAAUUCAUUCUCUACUCUGUGUUUGAGAACGUCAGAAGCAGUGGAAUACAAUUUGAAGCUGUGACUGCUCCUACAAACACAGAAAAUGUGAGAGCAUCACAUCAAAAUGAGAGCAGCAUCACUCUGCAGUGGAAUAAAAUCAACAACAGCACCAACUUUAUUCUCCAGUUCAAUGGAUCAGAGACAUUCAUCACAGCACCAGAUGGAGAUGGACCAGUGAACCACACAGUCUCUUUACUCACUGCUGGGACCAAAUAUACAUUCACUCUCUACUCUGUGUUUGAAAACGUCAGAAGCAGUGGAAUACAAUAUCAAGCUGUGACUGCUCCUACAAACACAAAAUCUGUGAGAGCAUCAGAUCAAGAUGAGACCAGCAUCACUCUGCAUUGGAAUAAAAUCAACAACAGCACCAGCUUUGUUCUCCUUUUUAAUGGAUCAGAGACAUUCAUCACAGCACCGGAUGGAGAUGGACCAGUGAAAUACAAAGUCUCUUUUCUCACUGCUGGAACUAAAUACACAUUUACUCUCUACUCUGUGUUUGAGAAUGUCAGAAGCAGUGGAAUACAACUUACUGCUGUCACUGCUCCCCAAAACGCACAAGGCUUCACAUCACUGAGACAGGAUGAGACCAGCAUCACUCUCCAGUGGGAAAUUGUCAAUAACAAUGUCAGCUUCAUCCUCCUACAUAAUGAAACACAGUUGACUAUAGCAGCACCUGCUGGACAACAACCAAACAUCAGAAGCAGUGGAGUCAGCAUUGCUGCAGUGACUGCUCCUCAAAAUGCAGAGGGCUUCAGAGCAUCAGAACAAAAUGAGACCAGCAUCACUCUGCAGUGGAAUAAAGGCGACAACAACACCAGCUUUGUUCUCCAGUUUAAUGGAUCAGAGACAAACAUCACAGCACCAGAUAGAGAUGGACCAGUGAACCACACAGUCACAUCUCUGACUGCUGGAACCAGAUAUACAUUCAUACUCUACCGUGUGUUUAUGAAUGUUAGAAGCAGUGCUGUAAACAUCACUGUUGCUACUGCUCCCCAAAACGCACAAGGCUUCACAUUACUGAGAGAGGCUGAGACCAGCAUCACUCUCCAGUGGGAAAUUGUCAAUAACAAUGUCAGCUUCAUCCUCCAAUAUAAUGAAACACAGUUGACUAUAGCAGCACCUGCUGGACAACAACCAGUACUGCUGACAGUUUCAUCUCUCACUGCUGGAACUAGAUACACAUUCACUCUCUUCUCUGUGUUUGAGAACGUCAGAAGCAGUGGAGUCAGCAUUGCUGCAGUGACUGCUCCUGAAAAUGCUGAGGGCUUCAGAGCAUCAGAACAAAAUGAGACCAGCAUCACUCUGCAGUGGAAUAAAGGCGACAACAACACCAGCUUUGUUCUCCAAUAUACAUUCAUACUCUACCGUGUGUUUAUGAAUGUUAGAAGCAGUGCUGUAAACAUCACUGUUGCUACUGCUCCUAUAAAUGUUGGAGGCUUGAGAGCGUCAGAUCAAAAUGAGACCAGCAUCACUCUGCAGUGGAAUAAAAUCAACAACAGCACCAGCUACGUUCUCCAGUUUAAUGGAUCAGAGACAUUCAUCACAGCACCAGUUGCAGAUGGACGAGUGAACUACAAAGUCUCUUAUCUCAAUGCUGGAACUAGAUAUACAUUCAUUCUCUUCUCUGUGUUUGAGAACGUCAGAAGCAGUGGAGUCAGCAUUGCUGCAGUAACUGCUCCUGAAAAUGCUGAGGGCUUCAGAGCAUCAGAACAAAAUGAGACCAGCAUCACUCUGCAGUGGAAUAAAGGCGACAACAACACCAGCUUUGUUCUCCAGUUUAAUGGAUCAGAGACAAACAUCACAGCACCAGAUGGAGAUGGACCAGUGAACCAUACAGUCACAUCUCUGACUGCUGGAACCACAUAUACAUUCAUACUCUACCGUGUGUUUAUGAAUGUUAGAAGCAGUGCUGUAAACAUCAAUGUUGCUACUGCUCCCAUAAAUGUUGGAGGCUUGAGAGCAUCAUAUCAAAAUGAGAGCAGCAUCACUCUGCAGUGGAAUAAAAUCAACAACAGCACCAGCUUUGUUCUCCAGUUUAAUGGAUCAGAGACAUUCAUCAGAGCACCAGAUGGAGAUGGACCAGUGAACCACACAGUCUCUUUUCUCACUGCUGGGACCAAAUAUACAUUCACUCUCUUCUCUGUCUUUGAGAACGUCAGAAGCAGUGGAAUACAACAUCAAGCUGUGACUGCUCCUAUGAAUAUUGGAGGCUUGAGAGCAUCAGAUCAAAAUGAGACCAGCAUCACUCUGCAGUGGAAUAAAAUCAGCAACAGCACCAACUUUGUUCUCCAGUUUAAUGGAUCAGAGACAUUCAUCACAGCACCAGAUGCAGAUGGACGAGUGAACUACAAAGUCUCUUUUCUCAAUGCUGGGACCAAAUAUACAUUCACUCUCUACUCUGUGUUUGAGAACAUCAGAAGCAGUGCAGUACAAUUUGAAGCAGCAUCUGCACCUAAAAGUGCAGAAGGCUUCUGGUCACCAGAUCAAGAUGAGAGCAGCAUCACUCUGCAGUGGAAUAAAAUCAACAACAGCACCAACUUUAUUCUCCAAGUUAACAGCAUACAGAUAUUCAUCAGAGCACCAGAUGGAGAUGGACCAGUAACUCACAAAGUCUCUUUUCUCACUGCUGGAACCAAAUAUACAUUCACUCUCUUCUCUGUGUUUGAGAACGUCAGAAGCAGUGGAGUACAACUUACUGCUGUGACUGCACCUAAAAAUGCAGGGGGCUUCAGAGCAUCAAAACAAGAUGAGACCAGCAUCACCCUGCGAUGGAAUAAAGUCGGCAACAACAUCAGCUUUGUUCUGCAAUUUAACGGCACAGAGACAAACAUCAGUGCACCAGACAGAGAUGGACCAGUGAACCAUACAGUCACAUCUCUGACUGCUCGUACAAACUACACAUUCACUCUUUUCUCUGUGUUUGAAAAUGUCAGAAGCAGUGGAGUCAGCAUUCUUGCAUUUACUGGUAAGAUAUGUGUAUCUGUUGGACACUUAAUCCAUUAG